AUGUUCAAGCUCGCACGUAGCCGGCCCUUUGCGGCUUUGAAGUCCACCAAGACCUACUCCCCGUCACGAUUAGCUGGUGUUGCGCAACAGAAGAGAGCUUUGAGUAUACAUGAGUAUCUCUCUGCAGAUCUCUUGAGACAGUACGGCAUUGGUGUUCCCCAAGGUUCAGUUGCGAAAACUGCUGCCGAAGCCGAGGCCAUUGCGAAGAAGAUUGGCGGCGAUGAUAUGGUUAUCAAGGCACAGGUUCUUGCCGGAGGACGAGGAAAGGGCACAUUCGACAAUGGCUUAAAGGGAGGUGUUCGCGUUAUCUACUCUCCAACAGAGGCCAAGAUGUUCGCAGAACAGAUGAUCGGCCACAAGCUUGUAACCAAGCAAACUGGAGCCCAGGGACGUAUCUGCAGCUCCGUCUACAUCUGCGAGCGUAAAUUCGCCCGCCGAGAGUUCUAUCUGGCGAUUUUGAUGGAUCGUGCUUCUCAGGGACCAGUUAUCGUGUCUUCAUCGCAAGGAGGCAUGGAUAUCGAGAACGUUGCAAAGGAGACACCCGAGGCUAUCACUACUACACAUGUGGACAUCCACAAGGGCGUCACCGAUGAGAUGGCACGAAAGAUCGCUACUGAUCUCGGUUUCAGCGAGCAAUGCAUCGAGGACGCCAAGGAUACCAUCCAGAAGCUGUACAAGGUCUUCAUGGAGAAAGAUGCGACCCAGAUCGAGAUCAAUCCUCUCUCUGAGACCUCCGACCAUCAGGUUCUUGCCAUGGAUGCCAAGCUUGGUUUUGAUGACAACGCUGACUUCCGCCAAAAGGAGGUCUUCUCGUGGCGCGACACCGCCCAAGAGGAUGCCGAUGAGGUCAAGGCAGCUGAGAGCGGAUUGAACUUUAUCAAGCUUGGGGGUGAUAUUGGAUGCUUAGUCAACGGUGCCGGUCUUGCGAUGGCCACCAUGGACAUCAUCAAGCUGAACGGGGGCGAGCCUGCCAACUUCCUAGAUGUUGGUGGUGGAGCUACUCCUCAAGCCAUCCGGGAGGCUUUCACCCUCAUCACCAGCGAUCCCAAGGUCACCGCUAUCUUCGUCAACAUUUUCGGGGGUAUUGUGAGAUGUGAUGCCAUUGCUCAGGGUCUGAUUAGUGUUGUCGAAAGCAUGAACCUUAGUAUCCCCAUCAUCGCCAGACUGCAAGGAACCAACAUGGAGGCUGCACACAAGUUGAUCAGCGAUGCUGGUCUCAAGAUCUUCUCUAUUGACGAUCUACAAACCGCAGCAGAGAAAUCUGUGCAGUUCUCGAAGGUUGUGAAGAUGGCUCGUGAAAUUGACGUGGGCGUUGAAUUCUCUCUUGGUAUUUGA